AUGUCUACCAAUGACGCCGUGUUCCAUCGCCGGAAUAAGCAGGUUCAAGAUGCCAUUGACGGGCAAAAUCUAAAGCAGGCCCUUCAGCUGAUUGACAAACGCAUUAAGAAGGGUGAAGAUAACAGGUUUCUCAAGGCAUGGAAAGCAAACAUUCUGUUCCGCCACGCCGACGAACCAAACCGCAAUCGUGGUAUCGCGGAAACCCUGGAGCUAUGCAAAGCCGAACCGCCCACAACGGAUCUCGACACCCUGGAUAUCCUCCAGGAGACGCUGGAGAGGAUGCCUGGCCAUGGAGAUACUUUGAGGAGCAUCUGGGAGAAAGCCUCGAAGGCCAAUCCACGGGAGUUGGAUAUCCAAAUGAGAUGGUUUGACUAUGCCUUCGACGGUGACGACUGGAAGUCUGCACAGAAGGCUGCUAUGGCUCUUCAAAGCAACUUCCCUAAGACAAGAAAAUAUCACUUGUGGGCUAUCUUCCUUAGCUAUCUCAUUUCAAUUGAUGAGGCUAGCUCGGAGACUGACCGCAAACUGUUUGGAAUGUUGGCCUACCGUAUGGUAUCUAAGGCUGCCGAAAGUGUUCCUUCCGACUCGAAAGAACUGCUGAGCUCUCCCAGAGCUAUACAAUCGGCCGAGGAGCUGCUAUUACUCAUCAAGAUUUUCGAGUCUCAAGGACGGCAUGCCGAAAUUGUGAAGAUCCUCAAUAGCGAGAAUCUCGGUAUCAGCUCGCGUCUCAUCCAGAAUGACUGGUCUUUUGUUGGAGACAAGCUAUCAAGCCUGGAAAAGGCUCAAAUGUGGACUGAGGGGCUGGCGUACACAAAGGAGUUGCUUGCGAUCCCGACCAGUGAAGCUGAACGAAAGGCUCUCCAAGAACGUGACGACUGGGCGGUUUGGCACCUGCUCAUUGUCGCAACCAAACAGAUCAACAGUUUAGAUACCACGACCGAGACACAGAAGUUCCUUGACGAUUUCAUCGCGGCUUCACCGAAAUCUCGCAAUGCGCAAUUGGCUCGACUUGACCUUGUGCACUGGUCCUUCCAGUCAGGUAACCUGAAAUCCGACGACUUGAUCUCUGCUUGCCAAGAGUACUUCGACCAUAACAAGCAUAAGCUCUAUUGCUUUGGUGAUUUACGGAGCUAUGUGCCCGCACUGGACAAGCCCUCCGUGUUGAAAUUUGUGGAGUAUGUCUCUAAAGGCACAGAGGGACAAACCGAUGGACAAUCUCCAUUCAACGAUGUUGGGAAGAUCAAUGCGCUCAAGUCCGAGUACUGCUUUUUACUAUCGGCGGACGAAGCCAAUGCAUCUAAAUCUAAAGUGGAAGAGUUCGUCUCCCGCUGCUUGCAGGUCUAUCGUGAGGUCGAACGACCCGAGAAAAGCUCGGCGCCAUCUACGAUCGAGAGCCAGCCCAGUGAUGACUUAUGUCUGCUUGCGGCCAUGAGUCUAAUCCGCUUCAGUGGUGCGUGGAUUUCUGGCAGCAGCGAACAAGUCCCGGAUACUGUUCUUAUCCGUGCUGCAGCAAUCUUGGAACGCCUUCUAGUUGACUCACCUCACAACUACCAGGCGUUGCUGCUCCUUGUCCGCAUCUAUCUGCGUCUCGGUGCAGGGUCUCUUGCUCUUAAGACUUUUAGCAAACUUUCCGUUAAGCAGAUACAGUUCGAGACGGUUGCCCAUAACCUUUUCACACGUCUUGCAACUAUCCACCCACACUCUGCACCGCCGAUUGAGGGAGCAGAGUACAAGGAUUUUAACCCCCAGUCUGCUUUCGUCCAAGCCCUCAAUUUCUUCAGGACGGCGGAUGUCACCACUGUUCGGAACCGCUCCAAGGGUCUGGACUAUGGAAGCUAUGUGAACAUACAGGGCACCAUUGAUCUCCAAAAACGUCUUAAGCAGAGUAUCUGCCGCAGAAUGUGGGCAUUGGACGUGAGACGCAUACAGCGCCUGGCUGGUGGAGAGCCUAUGGGCCGCUACGAAGACAUGGCGAGAGAUACGUCACCUCUGGUCGAUCAGCGCAUUUUCGAUGCCUUCAUGAACUGCGAAGCACCUGGCCAGCCCACGUUUGAGGAACGGAUGCGCGUGGGACCUCUGCCUCGUGACCAAUGGGUGAAAUCUUCGAGGAUGACAGAUCAUCUCUUUGACCUUCUGAAAUCAAUGGCGGCUCAGAAGUCGGUGUCUGUGGAACCUGAGUUGCCCAGUCUUGGAGAUGUUGUGGGACCCAACGCGAAAGCCGAAAUGACACCGUCGGAGAUCGAAAGUGCGAAGGUGAAUUUAAGCAUUCUAACCCUGGCUCUGUUCCUGAAUGGGUCAAAGUCAAUCACCUCUGAUCAGGUUGAUGCCUGUCUCACCCUAGUAGAAGAUUGGUUGGACUCGAAGACCAAGGACAUGACUGUGAGCGACACCAAUGUUUCGCCGGCCAUGUCCAACACGGCUAUCUACUUGAAAGCAGAAAUGCCUACUGCUCCAUCCUGGAGGUACUUUCACAGCUUAUUUAUCGUACUCGACUCCCUUAAGGCCGUGUCCCUUCUCUGUACUGUUGCGCUGAGGAAGGGAUCCAAGGGCAAACUACCGAAAGCUCAGGUUGAGAAGCUGGCUGACAUGACGCGUCAAGCCCAUCAGGGCGUACGAACUAACAUUCGCGCUCUCAAAUCUCAUAUCUCUGCCCCUGGGGUCCUGGGUUCCCUGACCGACUUGGUUGUGGCUGGCUCUGGCAACGAAGACGGCCCCCAGCUUCGGGCUGAACUGGACAAGACGCUGGACAUGUCCGCUCUGGAGGUGUUCUGCGGUGAGUUGAUGGAGAGCUGGGAGGAAGGUCUUGGUGGUAUGUUCGCUGUGUCUCUGUAA